AUGAGAACUUCACGAUACUCUACUUCUCGACAAAAAGCUUGCCAGCAAUGCUCAAGUGCCAAAGCAAGAUGCGAUCGCGAUCGCAAAACCGGACCUUGUGAUGGGGGUGAGCUCCCUGCCAUGUCUGACGAACUUGAAACUCUUGAGUUUUCAGACCUUGAGUUAGUCUGUCCCAUCAACGCAGAUGAAAUCAGUAACCGCUGGUUGAAUGCCUAUAUGCCUAUUCCUGGACAGACGGUGAAGGAAUACCCAGCUGGGAUUGCAGCCUUCAUCUUCCGGGUUUUGAAGUCCUACGCAGGCGUCGCGGUACAUGGUCGCGGGAUUCUGCCAUUCAUUCAUCCGAAGCAACUGAUAGCACAGCCGACAGGAUCACCGCUUAGUACAUGCUUAAGCUUAGUUCGAAUUUGUGCAAAUCCACUCCCAGGGAGUGAGCAUACUACCGCUACUGUUCUACAGCGAGAAAUGUCUAGCCUGUACGAAUCACAAGACAGGUAUAAUGACGAGUCCUUAUUUGCCGCUUUUCAAGCUUAUCUGAUCUACACAAUGGUUCUUUUCUUUCGGCUUAACCAGUCUCGCAGUGACUUCUUUCGCAGAGCGAUGACAAACCUCCAAGAGCUUGCUUGCUCCUCGUCCCGCCGCGGACUUACGUGUGCAGCCGAUCGACAACGAGUCCGUCCGAGGUGGGAAGAAUGGAUCGUCGCGGAAGCCAAGCGACGGACACUAUACGUUAUGUAUCUGCUCGACAGCGUCUUGUCGUCUCACGAGGGCUUUCCUACCUUCCUUGGCACUGAAUUACAAGGGUUGCCUGCGCCAGCAAAUACAUUAUUAUGGCAGGCGAGACGCCGAUACGACUGGGAAAGAGAAUACAAUAUGUAUAUGGCCCAGUGGAUGGAGGGGUUUCUAACAGUUGAUGAGCUCUGGCCCAUGCCUGCCGAUUUGGACGAGUCACAAGUUGUACGAAGGCGAGCUAGGGUGGACCGUUGGUUAGAGAAUCUCGAUGAGUUUGGGACUAUGCUCUACGCGGUCAUGAGUUGUACACAUGACCAAUCGCAGACUACUGCUGCGACAACGUCUCCGCCAGUUCCGGAUGCACCUUACAGCAUAUUCGAUAAACGACAAAAAUGGCUACUCGUUGCGAUUGUUUCCACUGCCGCGACGUUUUCAGGUUUCGCAUCAAAUAUCUACUUCCCCGCUCUGCCGACCAUUGCAGAUGAUCUCGGUGUUUCUCUCGAACUUGUCAAUCUGACAGUUACUUCAUACCUUAUUUUUCAGGGGCUGGCACCGAGUCUGUGGGGCCCUGUGUCAGAUGUGAAAGGGCGCCGAAUUGCCUACAUCUGUACAUUCAUUGUAUUUCUGGGCGCGUGCAUUGGUCUGGCGCUAAGUAAGAAUUACGCUACAGUCAUUGUUCUAAGAUGCCUUCAGAGCACAGGUAGCGCCAGCACGAUUGCUAUUGGCUCUGGUGUAAUUGGCGAUAUCACUACACGGGCUGAACGGGGGGGCUUUAUGGGCAUCUUUCAAGCAGGGUUACUCGUCCCUGUUGCUGUCGGGCCAGUGAUUGGAGGCGCACUAGCCGGAUCAUUAGGAUGGCAUUCAGUCUUUUGGUUCCUGACGAUCUACUGUGGUGUAUUCUUGGCUCUGCUCAUUGCUCUCCUGCCUGAAACACUCCGAUCUGUUGUUGCAAAUGGAAGCACAAUGCCGUCGAAUCCACUGACUAGAUAUCCAUUAAGCAUAUAUCAAAGAACGACCAAAGUACAGUGGAAAAUAGAAGACGACUCAGAUGCCUCUCGACCAGCAGCAAGAAAACGUAUCGAUCUCACCGGUCCCCUCCGGAUGCUCAUAACCAAGCAUGCAGCUCCUAUCAUCCUCUUCCUCGCCAUCUACUACGCCGUCUGGCAGAUGAGCAUCACCGCCAUGUCCUCACUAUUCGAAGACCGCUAUGGUCUCGGUGAAACCCAAAUCGGUCUCACAUUCAUAGCCAACGGCGUAGGCUCCAUGAUCGGGACCCUAGUGACAGGCAAAAUUCUAAAUAUUGACUACCAACGAGUCAAAGAAAACUACGAGUCCUCGCUCCACGCCGAGGCUGCAAAUGAUGGACCCAGUAAUGAAGAUGACUUCCCAAUUGAAAAGGCCCGCCUUCGUCUCGUUCCAGUGUUCUCCAUUCUACAAUGUCUCUCAAUCCUUCUCUUCGGCUGGACAAUUCAGUAUCCCGAUCGCGUUCAUAUCGCCGUUCCCAUCGUUUCUACCUUUAUCACAGGCUGGACGGCCGUCUCUACUCAGUCGAUUAUCAUGACUUAUCUCGUUGAUAUCUUUCCUGAUAGAAGCGCGGCGGCGAGUGCCAGUCUCAACCUGGCUAGAUGUCUGUUUGCUGCUGGUGGUACCAGUUUUAUCAUGCCUAUGGUCAAUGGUGUUGGUGUUGGUGUGGCGUCUACGAUAUGUGUCGCUGUGCAGCUUGUGGCAUUAAUUGGUCCUUUCAUACAGUGGAGGUUUGCCGGUACAUGGAGAAAACAGGCGCAUAAUCGGAGGGCCGACGCAUAA